AACCCAGUCUCACGGGGCGAUGCGGAAGUCUAGAUAGAAGAUCAGAUUGUGUUUCUGAAAGACACGCAGGCGGUCGAUUAACAUCGCCUCUUUGCGGGGAAAACAAAAACAGUCACUUCCUCCAUCUCUCUCUCUCUCUCUCUAUCUGUAUACGAUUGUGUUCGGCUAAUGUUGCUGUAAGUAACGAAUCAAAAAGCCAUGGAAGUGUACUCCUUCACUCCCCACUCUCUCUCUUGCACUUUCUUCGGUGGGAAUUUGAUUCCCUCUGAUCUCCGGCACUUGGGUCGUGGAGAAGUCAAGGUGUCUACGAGACACACAAAAUUUUCUUCGUCUAGCUAUAAUGGGCUUGACUGUUUCCAAAUGGGCAACACUGGCAAGUCCAAGAAAUCGGUCUCACGAUGUUUGGCGGGUUCUUCCAUUUCUUCUCGGAUGGCUCUUGGCUCUAAUGUAAGCGAAGAUACCGAUGAUAUGUUUGAUGAUUUGUUGAAAAAAUAUGGGAAGGUGGUCUUUAGAAGAAAUGACCAAAAGUCUCCUACUGCAGAGGUUGAUGAUGAUGCUGAAAGCUUGUCCUUUGCUGUGGCAGUGGCUAAGAUUGCAAGUGAGGUGAAGGCUGUAGAUAUAAGGGUCCUCUUUGUGAAGCCUCUUGUCUACUGGACUCGGUUUUUUAUUAUUGCCACUGCAUUUUCUCGUCCUCAGAUUGAUGCUAUUGGGACCAAAAUAAAGGAUCUAGCUGAGAAACAGUAUGGAAGAGUAGCAACAGGGGAUUCAAAACCCAAUUCAUGGACAUUGUUGGACUUUGGUGAUGUAGUAGUGCACAUAUUCCUUCCUCAACAACGAGAUUUCUACAAUUUGGAAGAGUUCUAUGGCAAUGCGACGCCCAUUGAGCUACCUUUUGAAAAUCAACAAUCAUUUCGGGGUUGAGAAGGCUACCAAAAUGUGCCAGGAUUUGAGCCCUGUGAUUAAAAAGAAAAGUUUGGCCGCAUAAGAGGCAGUGUUUUGAUCCUUGCUUUUGCUCACUUGUUACAUCAUGGCAAACUUAGUUACUUCAUUGAGCUGAUUGUGAUUAUUGUGAAUUCCAUUCUCAGCUGCUCAUUCAAGAUCGAUGUAUUAUUGUAGAUUAGAAGGCAUGCCUAAGCGGUUUUGUAGGUGUUCUUGAAUGAUACCCAUAGUACAUGGGUUGUAACAGCAACAGACGCAAACAGUUGAAGGAAUGGGCUCAGGUUGUUGCUCUGAAUGGAGAACAGCAUCUUUUGUUCAUUGAAU